GCACACAGGCGAAUCAUCGCCUAUCCGCAGGCGUCUCACUCUGGGAAAACACGCGCGGCAGAAUAACCUUCUUUGGGGUAGCGACGAUGAGGACGACAACGAUGAUGAUGCCGAGGAUGGUGUUGAGGGGUUUUAUUGGCUUUAUUGGCUUUAUUGGUUUUAUUGGAGCAUCAACCAUUGCUGAGGACCAUUGGCCGUUAUUGCUAUGGCCAGCACCCCUGGCUAGUGUCGAUCCCCUGCCCCUGGCCAGCCUGUGUCUUCAGAGGAGGAGAACCGCAGCCAUGGGCAUCCGCAUCCAACAUGGUCUCUGUCGCACCAACACCAGCAGCAGCCCCCUCGCGCGCAAGCAGGCAAGUGCAAGUGCAGGUGUGUAAGUGUAUGAAAGUGCAAGUGCAAGUACAUGUACAAGUGUAAGUGUGAGUGUGCGACAUGGCUCAUUCCUACGGAUGAAAUAGGGUUCAUAGCUACAGUUACCUCAUCGACCCCCUGGGGACCGACACCUCCCAUCAUCAUCCUCCCCCUCCUCCUUCUCCUCCUCAUCGCCAUCUCCAUCUCCAUCAUCUCCAUCUCCAUCUCCAUCUCCACAGCUCCCCACCCUCCAUCCCUCUCUAUCGCAGCACGACCAGCACAAACAGCGUCCCCCCUCCAGACCAUGACUGUCGAGGUCCCUUCUUUGCAAGAAGCCCAUCUCACCAGCACCUCCUCCAAAGACACCUCCGCUGCUAGUCCCACCCCCGAUGCCGAAUCCACACCCACAUCCCCAGCUGCCAAUGCCGCCUUCCUGAACGCUGUUGAGCGCUUCAAGGGCUUGCGGAAGAGAACCCUCUCCCCUAAUCAUUCCGACAUCUCUGACCAACAACCCUUUACCUCUGCUUCUCAGCAGCAACACCACGACCACCAGGACCACCAGCACCAGCAAUGGCAGCAGCAGCAGCAACAAUCACACUCGGAUGACGAAGACCAUCCCCACGGAUCCGACAACAUUUUCGACUUUGACUUCAAGGCGUUUGGCGCAAAGUUCAAGAACUACCGCAAAAGCCUCGACUACCGCAACCCCAGCCUCUCACCCUCGGCCGACCCCUCAGCCCCGACGGAUGCCUUGUCUGGAGACGAUGAAAGGCACAGGCAGCUCAAGGCCGUCAUCAGGAAGAUGCUGUUCAGGCGCAAAAAGGACAAGAGGGGCAAGAGUGCGGAGCAAACAGUGCUCGAAGCCGAGGACUAUCAGCUGUGGAAGAACGUCGCGCCACUCCUCUUCCAGCCCUCCGCUGUCUUCAUGGGUCUUUCCUUCAUGAUCGAGGAUAAGGGAAGCGCUUUGGAGGACAGGAGCAAUGUGGACUGGAAUAUGAACAUCAUCCUCGCUCUGGUCAAGUGCUAACCUUGCUUUGUAUUGUGUUUUUUUCGGGACACGAUGCGUUCAUUAGGUCGUCAUUCUGCCAUACACCUUCAGCUCCAAGGACACAAAGAUCAGAAACAAGGAUAGCAAGAAGGAC